GCUUCUAGGAGGUGCGCGCGAGAGGACAGGCAGGCGUCCGUUAAACGUCGCGCGACUGAGGCGAUGAGACACGAGCAAACCGGGGACGGAUCGUCGGAUAUAAACACACGAACAAACCGGGGACGGAGCCUCAGAUAUAAACACACAGAGGAGCGCGUCUUUACCGCUCCAGGAGCCUCAGAGUAAGCGGUCAUGUUGGGCAUUUAGCCACCUAGCUUGAACAUCUGGAAGAACAGACGGAGGAGCCCUAAAGACGCUCAGUAACCAGAUUGAAGAAGCACUUGUUGUUUUGUAGAGUCCAUCAGUUUCUCUGUUAAGGCCAUUUUAGCUGAACGUUGCCUCAGUCACGUAGGCAGACAGACUGUGUCUAUCGUUCAACAUUAAGGUCCAGCCCCCUUCCACUCGGUACAUGCAGAUGGCUUGUUGUCUGAAGGAUGAGCUGUUAUGUUCCAUCUGCCUGAGCAUCUACCAAGAUCCGGUCAGUUUCGGCUGUGAGCACUACUUCUGUCGCAAGUGCAUCACAGAGCACUGGAGCCGGCAGGAGCACCACGGGACGCGCGACUGUCCCGAGUGCAGGCGCACCUUCACAGACCCGCUCCUCUCACCCAGCCUCAAGCUCUCCAACAUCGUGGAGCGAUACUCUGCCUUCCCGCUUGAUGCCAUCCUUAAUGCUCAGAGGAGCUCCUACCCCUGCAAAGACCACGAGAAGGUCAAGCUGUUUUGCCUCAGCGACAAGAGCCUGGUGUGCUUCUUCUGUGACGAGCCGGCUUUGCACGAGCAGCACCAGGUGACCACCAUCGACGAGGCUUAUGAGGAGAUACAGAGGGAGAUGAAGGACCAGCUGACAGCCCUGCAGGACAGUGAGAGGGGUCACACCGAGGCCCUGCAGCUGCUCCAGAGACAGCUCACCGAGACCAAGUCUUCGGCGAAGAGCCUGCGGGCCACAAUCGGUGAGGCGUUCGAGCAGCUGCAGCGUUUCCUGCGCGAGCGACAGAAGAGCAUGCUAGAGGAGCUGGAGGCAGACACGGCCCGCGCCCUCGCCGACAUUGAGCACAAGAUCCAGCGCUACAGCCAGCAGCUCCGGGACGUCAAGGAGGGCAUCCAGAUUCUGCAGGAGAAGCUGGGAGAGACAGGCCGCCAUGACUUCCUGGAGGGCGUGGCCCUCACGUCUGAGAGGGAGCGUCUGAUUCGUGGAGAGUAUUGCUGGUGGAAGCUACCAAGAAUUAAAGGCAAAAUCCAUGAAACCAACCUGACCUAUGAAGAUUUCCCAACCUCCAAGUACAUGGGGCCCUUGCAGUACACAAUCUGGAAGUCUUUGUUCCAGGAUAUCUCACCAGUACCUGCUGCCUUGACAUUGGACCCCAUGACUGCCCACCAACGGCUGAUCCUGUCUGACGACUGCACCAUCGUCGCGUACGGCAACCUGCACCCGCAGCCUCUGCAGGACUCCCCGCGGCGCUUUGACGUGGAAGUGUCCGUGCUGGGCGCCGAGGGCUUUUGCUCAGGCGUGCACUACUGGGAGGUGAUGGUGUCAGAGAAAACGCAGUGGAUGAUCGGCGUGGCCAACGAGACUGUGAGUCGCAAGGGUAGCAUCCAGAUCCAGCCCAGCCGCGGCUUCUACUGUAUCGUCAUGCAUGAUGGCAACCAGUACAGCGCCUGCACGGAGCCCUGGACACGCCUCAACGUCAAGAGCAAGCUUGAGAAGGUGGGCGUCUUCCUGGACUACCCCAAAGGUUUGCUGGUCUUCUACAACGCAGACGAUAUGUCCUGGCUCUAUACUUACCGUGAGAAGUUCCCCACCAAGCUCUUCCCUUACUUCAGCCCUGGGCAGAGUCACGCCAAUGGAAAGAACGUGCAGCCCUUGCGCAUCAACACCGUGCGUCUCUAGGCUCCCAGACUGAGUGCCGUGUCUUCACACUGUUAUUACUUUUGGUUUUCUGUUUUUAAAGGGAAAGGCAAAAAAAAAAAGUGUUGAUUUUGUUUGUUUGCUCUUGUGGCACUCUCAGCGCAGAACGGUUGUGCCAGUGCAUGUUUGUCCAGCAGGGGUGUGCAGACAGAACCUACAUCGCCCCUGUGAGGGGAGGGGAGGCCUCCGGGUAGGGCAAGGGGAGGCCUCCAUUGGCGUUCUUUGUGCUCUGUGGCACCGGUGUAACCCCGCCGAGAUGGCAUCGCUCUCCAAGCAUCUGCAGCUGCUCGUGCACAAUGCCCCGAGUCACUCCGCACCCUCCGAGGCUACGUCUCCAGGGGAGAGAGCACUCCUCUCCUCCGUAGACACACGUGUGAAGACCUUCCACUCAUUGUGCAAUCGGCUUUGGUGUGUUUGUGGACUGUCUAGCACUGUUCUGCUAUACUUCCCUUUGAUAUAUUGUUAUAUAAUUAAUCAUGAUUUUUUGCACAAGUUAUAUCUUGUGCUUUGCUGGUAACUGCUGAGAUGUGGUUGUGUGCGGCUCUGCCCUAGCCGUCACGUGGGUACUGUCCUGCACCUCAGGUGCUUGCUAGCAGUGACAGCGUUAGAACAGUUCCAGUUUGCAGUUCUCCAGCAGUAGCUGCAACCUGUGUGUCUAGCGGAGUCCCACGUGGUGGGGGCGGGUGGUGUGUCUGGGUGUGUGUUGGUGUGUUUAGGGUACAUCUGUCCCUGAAUCUCCCCCUCUGUGUCUCCUGUUUGAGAUUCAGGGCACUGCCACACAGACUCAUGGGCCAUGUUUUUACAUGCAUCAUGCAAUCAUUACAUCUCACUCUCAGCCUGACCUUUCAUUCUCCUUGGCCUCCAGUAUGUUAUCUGAAUUUUUUUAAAUUAAUUUAUUUUUUUCAUUUAUUCAUCUAGUCUGUGCUUGUUUCUCUGAACAUUCUUGUCACCACAACCCCUCUUCUUUUCCACAGGGGGUCUUGUUAGGAGUGUGUAGGAUUACCACUUCAUCCUGCAUGUCAACUGUAACACAUCUAACGAGGCAGAAAUUGUGCAGAGUAGUUCCCACACUAACCCUAACCCUGCAGUGGCGUUCCAUUAGAACUGCACCAGUGAGGGUAACACGUGAUGGAUGAAGAGGAGAUGCCUUAAGAUUAAGGAUUUUGCCUCUAGUCCAAGUGCAAGACGUUAAAGAACACUAAACACUUUAGUGAAUGGCUUUUUCACGUGUUCCGUGUUCACCCUAAGCCCACACUCCCUCAGUGCAAAUGUUGGGUACACAGAAAUUCUCCAAGGCCCAGUUAUGUGUAGUAACUUCUCUGUUCUAAUACACUGGGGAGCUUUUACAGUUCCUUUGUGUUUGCGAUGUCUCUCACAUUUCAGAAAUCGCUACUUCCUGAUAUAUCCCCCUCUCCUAAUAUGUGGUAGCCUAAGAAACAGACAUGCGUCCUGGACAAAGGAAAUUAAUUAUUAUUCAGUGGUCAUGUGAUUUUGGAAAGAAUGAUACUAUGGAGACCAUAAAAUUCAGAAAACAAAACAAAACCACAAAAAAAGAAAAAUCAGAUGAUGGGUUUUCAAAUGUUUUUUUUUGUGCUGUAAUGUUUGCUGCCGCUGUCCAGUCUUAGCCAGCUCUGGUCCUCUCAGGUCUGAUGGCUCCCUCCUAAGGUGGAGUCUGAUGGCUCCAGGUCUUUCCUCACUGCUCCCACUCUCUGGGAGAGAAGUCCCACACCUCCCAUCUUCCCUGUAACAGACUCCAGUGUGGCUCUCAUAGUGCCUUAGACGGGAAAGCUGAGCCCUGCGAGACGUCACCGUGGCACCAUCACUUCACUGAAGCCUCAUUUAGUUCCCACAAAGUCCCUGAAGCUAAAUACUUCAUUAUAAAGAGGGAAUUACCAGCUUAGGUGGAGAACUACUUUAACACUACACUGCUUUUAACAAACUGGCACCUUAUUAGCACCUAAUACCAAACAGACCUGAUUUCCCUGUCUUAUUUUGAGUUCAUUUCAUGUGCUAACUCAUUCCUUCCCACAGUUGUUGCGUUCUUUUGCUCUGUGUGCUGUCUGUCGUGCUGGUGUUUAAAGGCUAGGGUGCUGCUCAGUAUUGUGGGAUGUGUAGUGCUGCACACCUGUAGCAGGGACCUCUGCAUAAGGCUGCUCCUAUAUGAGGCAGUCCCUCCUCCUUAUUGGAUGGUGGUGGGAUACAUGAGAAAUAUAGUUAAGAUUUUAUGAUGCUUAUUAAUAAUGACUAUAACAGUGAUGAAUAAUGCUGGUUUUGGGAUGAUGGAUGCUUUGCACCUUUGCACCUAUCCCUGUGUAAACACUCUGGUGUGUGUUCACAGCUAAAGGUACAUGAAUGUUUUAAUGUACAAUUAAAGAAUGAAAAAACAACAGUG